AAGAUAUAUCAGCAGCAUGACGUGAAAUAAGCUGUAGAUUGCAAACGUGAGCGGCGUGCAGCAGACCCCCGACGAUUAAGCUUCGCUUGCGACCCACUUUGGCUUCUCUAUCAAUUUCGUUUUAUACAAACCAACGCGUAAAACUGUCAUGCUUCGACAGCCAGGGAGACAAAAUCCGGGGGAACACCGGGUACAUCGCCUUUUACAUCUCGGAGGACUGGGCCGGAGACCCAGCCGUGCUAAGGUACUAGCUAGGCCCGCUGCGCGCUCGCAUGGCGCACCCACACAUAACCCCUAACCAGCCACGCGCCGACGCGAGCCGCUGUCAGCACCUGCAGUCGCUGCCUGAGUACUUGUCCCUCCACACCGCCGGGUUCUGAUGCACCAGGCUGUAGCGGCACCCGACCGCGCCGCCCUGGCAGCUGCAGCCCGUGGACUGCCGGUCCCACUGCGGGCGCCGGCGCGGGAGGGCGGGGCGGUACGGGUGGGGCGGGGCACAGGACAGCAUCAAGCACCCCCCGGGAGAAUGGAUAGCGUGGUAGUGGUAUGGUGCAGGCUGGUUUUCCUGUGCAGCGAAAAGGCGAGUCGGCGUGCGGUGGUGCGGGGGCGGCAGCCAACCAGCCUCUGCCCCCAAGUUUGGUGCGGCUAUGCUACGCACAGCGCUCGGGCCCUCGCGGUGCAAGGCGGCGUGUCAGUCGGCGCCGCGCCGCCGCCGCCAAUCACAAUGCUCCGGACACCCGGAAUGGCCGUCUCGGACUUUCCGGGCUUUGCAGCAGGCGCAGGGGCCGGUCUGGACGUCGGCCCGGGGCCCGCCGCCCCCGGCGGAGGACCGGCAGCCAUGGGGCUGCUAGGAAUGGACGGGCUGGGCGCCGCCGGUGAGGGAGCUGGCGGCGAUGUGCGGCCGCUGGGUGGCGACACGGGGCCGCCGCCGGAGGCGCCGCCGCUGGCGGCGGCGGGACCUGCCGCUGGCGCGCUGGCGGCGGCGCCUGCGGGUGGCGGGCUGGCGGCGGGACCUGCCGCUGGGCAGGCGCCGCAGGGACCCUCCACCGCCGCCAGGGCGUGCGCGAAAGCGGCAGCGGUGGCGUUGCCACGGCACUGGCAACCGCUUGGCUGUUGGCGGCAGCCGUGCCACCUGUGCGUGUGUGGAGGCUGGGCUCACAUAAUGACAGGGAGAGGGGUGAGUCCAGAGCCGUGGUGGGCUGCCAAACACACGCCACCAACCGCCUGUUCAGGCCCAGCCCAGUCCUGCGUAGCACGCACCCGUGGAGCAGGCGUUGACGGAGGCAGAGGCGGUGGCGGUGGCGAUGCUCUCUUGCAGGGCCUCCGCCCGUGCCGCCGCCACCGCCUGGGAACAGUUGCUGGUGGCGGCGGCGAAAGCGUCUGCCUCUGCGCGGGCGACUGCGCGGGCGGUGGCGGUGGCGGCAGCCGCUCCGCUGGCGCAGCCGCUGCCGGAGCCUGGGUAGGUGGGGCGGUGCAGGCCGCAGUGCAAAGCAACGGCGGCACAACGAGGCGGCGCAAUGUGCAAGUGCAGGUGUAGCCUGACAGCCCGCCUACCCACCACAUAAGCACCCGGCAUGCAAGCACGCACGCACGCACGCACCUUUGACGGUGACGGUUGCGCUGGUGGAAGCGAAGGCCCGGGCGGUGGCGUUGGCGACGGCGGUGGCCAGCGACUGCGCCACAGCGGCAGCUGAAUCGCCACCACAGACCUGUGGGCACAGACCACGCCGUGACGCAACUGCCCGCACGUGGCACCUGCCUGUGCAAUGGCGGCUGACACCGCCUGAGCGCUGGCGGCUUGGUUCAGGGUGGCCGAGUUGGACUGAGACACCGCGGUGACGGAGCCUGCAGGGCGGAGGCGUCAGUCAGGGCCCUGGCGGCGGCGGUGGAGGCGGCGGCGGCUGGAGAGGGUGGCGGCGAUGGAGGCGGUGGAGGCUUGGCGGCGGGUUUCGGCGGCGGCGGCGGAGGCGGCGGCGGAGGAGGCGGAGGAGGAGGAGGAGGCGGCGGUGGGGGCUUGGCGGCAGGUGAAGGCGUCAGCAGCUUGGCGACAGAGGGUUGUGGGGCGGGGUUGGCGGCGGCUGUGGGUGCUGGCGGCGGUGGCGGCGGCGGUGUCGUCGAGGCGGCAGGGGCGGGGCCACUGGCUGCUGCUGACGCCUGCGUCCACAGUUAGUUUGAUUGCACAGUUACCCGCACACAACGCUUGUGUAAGGUUAUCAAGCC